CCGCGAUAGGGAGGUGCCGGGAUGCAGCGUCGGGAUGCCGGGAUGAGGCUGCGUGGGGCCACCCAGCGCGGCCGUGCCUCAGUUUCCCCUUGGCACAGGCCGGGGCUGGGAUCGAGGAAUGCUGAAGGCAGCCCCAUGGGGAUGCCGGAUCCUGCUCCGGAGCCGGGGGUGGAGGGUGUGGAUCGGGAAUGCGGUGGGGCAGAGGGUGAAGCCGCGGUCUCUCCGUGCAGGAUGGUGCUGCGGGCUGCGGCGCUGGCGCUGCACCUCUGCCUCCUGUCCGCGCUCCGGCCCAGCGACCCCAACGUCUGCAGCUACUGGGAGAGCUUCACGGUGGCGGUGAAGGAGUCCUACACCAAACCCCACGUCGUGUCCUCCGGCGAGCCCUGCCCCACGGUGAUGGGCACCUCCCUGCCCUGCCCGCAGCAGAGGAUCGUGCACCGCACCGAGUACCGGCAGGCGCUGCGCACCGAGUCCCGCCGGCGCUACCAGUGCUGCCAGGGCUACUACGAGAGCCGGGGGACCUGCGUCCCGCGCUGCUCGCAGGAGUGUGUCCAUGGGCGCUGCGUGGCUCCGGAGCGGUGCCAGUGCGAGCCCGGCUGGCGAGGAGCAGACUGCUCCAGCGGCUGUGACGAGCGCUCCUGGGGCCCCGACUGCUCCCAGCGCUGCGAGUGCCACCACGGAGCCCCCUGCGACCCCCUCAGCGGCGCCUGCUCCUGCCCCGCCGGCUUCGCGGCUCCGCGCUGCCGCGAUCCCUGCCCCGACGGCACCUACGGCCGCGGCUGCCGCCUGCGCUGCGCCUCCCCCCGCGCCGCCUGCGACGCCUCCACCGGCGCCUGCCGCUGCCCCCCGGAGCUCGCCGGGCCCCUCUGCGAGGUGCCGUGCCCCGAGGGGACCCCCUGCGACACCCCCUGCCCCUGCCAGAACGGGGGCCUCUGCCACCCCCCCGGCACCAGCUCCUGCGUCUGCCCGCACGGAUGGAUGGGGGAGAUCUGCUCCGUGCCGUGCCCCCCCGGGCGCUUCGGGCCCGGCUGCCAGGGCGAGUGUCACUGCCACAACGGGGGACGCUGUGACCCCAAGGGAGGGCAGUGCCAGUGUGCCCCCGGCUUCACCGGAGAGCAGUGCCGGGAGCGGUGCCCCGUGGGGCGCUACGGGCCCGACUGCCGGGAGCGCUGCGACUGCGCCAACGGCGGCCGCUGCUUCCACGUGGACGGCGGCUGCUUGUGCGAGGCCGGGUUCCAGGGCAGCCGCUGCGAGGAGCGGCGCUGCCAGCCCGGGCUCUACGGGAUCCACUGCGAGAGCCGCUGCCUCUGCCACCCGCAGCACAGCCAGAGGUGGGACACACA